UUAAAAACAUUGCAUCUCUGUUUUGACGCCACAUAAAACGUGUUGAUAUUGGACGACUAUUUACAGCCUCUGCUCCUCUAGCCGACGCACUCGGAGACGCUACGGUUGAGUGGAAUUCGAACGUCGCCAGUAACAUAUCCCCACUCGAUUAACCAUACACGGGAACCCCCAUGUACAAGAAACAGUUAAAGGGUAUUCUGAACCAUUAGUCGGUCAACAAAACAACAUGCCGAGGACAACAAGUGUUCCAUUUGGAUUACUAUAUAUAGUCGUUCCCUGUAUAGCGACGACCACCAGUUCUACUACUUCAGCACACGCGGCCAGUACAUUAGAUAUGUCGAGGACCAUGUCUCACUCUACAGCCGCUACAUCUGGUAUGUCCACGUUCAUAACACAGACAGUCACAGAGACCACACAGCCUGUAACGUCACAGAUACCUGUGGUUACAUCAACGUCGUCUGCCAAUACAGUCCAUAUAAGAGGAGAGUGGACGCCGUGGUCAAGUUGUUCAAAGUCAUGUGAUGUAGGAGUGCAGAGUCGAUCUAAGUCAGUUGGUGGAGAAAUCAGGAGAGAGGAGCAGUAUUGUAAUUUAGAGUAUUGUCCAGACAAUUUUUGUACAAAGGACACUGACUGCAGGAGGUUAAAGGGAUGGGUUAUCUGUAUUAACAGCACGUGCUUCUGCGAAUCCCAAAGUCAUUUUGAUCCAUCUAACACUAGAUACUAUAACAAAUACAACUGCUAUCGUCAAAAGAUUAUAACAACUUUUGAAAAAAUCAGUAUCCCCUUUACAUCAGAGCCGGCCAGGAAACAACUCACCACUGCCGGUGAAGGGCUGCAAAUUUUAAACCUAUGCUCGGUGCUUAUGGCCUUUGAGCACGGAGGGAUCUUUAUCGUGCCAUGUAGUACUGCAUCUUUCACUUUAUCAUUUGAAGCUGAAGUUGAAAACUGUGUUAUUCGAGAAAACCCGCCGUACUCUCUUGGACAACCGAAGUCAUUGCUAUUCGGACUAAAACCGCAAGGCUGUGUUGCCAAUGACAACCCAGAGAAUGAAGUCCACAUAAUUGGAAUUUACGGCGAGGAAUUUGACAAUACAUAUACUGUUGUAAUUCGUCCAAGAGGGGAGAGCAAGAAACCUAUAAUACUGGUAUUGUCGUCGUAUUACGUGACUAACUGGAGGAUUGACACCACUGUUCACCUAGAUUCCAUUAUUUAUGGGAGCACUCUUGAAGAUACGUUAAACAUGCACCAUACUGUAGAAAUCAUUAAUGAUUCCAAGUGUGGCUCUUCAAAUAUCGUACGAUGGGAAAGGCUUGGAGCUGCCACUGGAUACAGUACUACAGAAGGAAACACGGUCAAAGUCCUACUUCUAGUGGGGAGAAUCUACGGAAAUGUGACGUCAUUUACAAGUGCGACCCUCUUAUUUUAUCCCAGAACUUUUACACUAGAGGUUGGUGGGAAUCCGCUACAGAAAAGACCCUUUAUUGGAUUUCAGUACAUGCCAGCACAAUGUACGAAAGUUACUCCGAUGUACAUUGGAAAUUUCACAGAAAAGACGGAUACAGAAUCAGCUGCGUCUGACACUAGUAACUUUAUUCCGGCGGUGAUCGUCAGUUUAAUAUUUGGACUGAUCGUUGUGGUGAUAUGUGUUUUCUGGAAUCGAAGGAAAGCAAUGCGAGCAAACCGAGCCGCUACCUGUAACACAGGGACCAGUGAUGUGACGCCAACGGAAUAUCAGACUAGGGCCGUAACCACUGGAGGCUUGGGAGGCAGAAAUAGAAAUCCACUGUUCAACGAUCAACAGAGAAUCUCAAGUCCAGAUAUUUUAGCUGACAUUUCCACAGCCCAAAUUCAUGCGCCGUAUUAUAGUGUGACGCCUAUGUCGUUGCCUGUAAGAGCUGCAGCCGGAUGUGAUACCUCCCAUUCAUGGGAGGAUCUACCACCUCCGUAUUCACCCCGUGUUCAAGAAUAUCCCCAAUCAAGGACAGAACCGCCUUUUACAAUAACUUAUAUUUCAUGGGGUUCAGGAAAUUAUGUGCAUACAGGAUCCGGGACAUCAUCAGCUCCUGUUGUAGCCGCUACAGCCGGACCCAUGCUAAAUUGUAUUCAGUCACCACCGGACUAUUUUUCUUCUGUUCAUGGAUUAUCUCAGACUUGCACAGAUUUACCACCUUCUUACGAAUCUUUACUGGAGAUGGAAAACAGGCAAAAUAAUGUGUACAUGCAGUACGUAGCGUCAAACUCGCCCCGAUCCUCGGAACCAUAUACAUAUACUGAUUACACAACCGGUGCGCCAUAUAUUUUUAUUUUAACCAAAACAACGACGUCAACGAUGAAACUGAAAGGUGUUGAAUUAGGAGAGCUACUCUUUACAUGUAUUGUCAUUGUAAGGGGAGAUUGGUCGCCGUGGUCAAGUUGUUCAAAGUCAUGUGAUGUAGGAGUGCAGAGUCGAUCUAAGUCAGUUGGUGGAGAAAUCAGGAGAGAGGAGCAGUAUUGUAAUUUAGAGUAUUGUCCAGGCAUUGGGAAAGUCUGUUCUGGGGACUGUUAUGGAUUUGGAGGACGGACUGCUUGCAUUAAUAGUGAAUGCAUUUGUUCUAUGGGAAGUUACUAUAACAAAUAUAACUGUUAUCCUGAAGUUGGAAAUUGUAUUAUUCGAGAGAAUCCACCAUUCUCCCCUGUGCAUGUGGAAGCGGAUUCGUUGAAAUACGGAUACAGACUACGAGGAUGUGUUACCAAUGACAACCCAGAGAAUGAAGUCCACAUGAUUGGAAUUUACGGUGAUAAAUAUUCCAACUCAUAUGAUGUUGUGAUACGUCCUAGAGGGGAGAGCAAGAAACCUAUAAUACUGGUACUGUCGUCUUAUCACGUGACUAACUGGAGGAUUGACACCACUGUUCACCUAGAUUCCAUUAUUUAUGGGAGUUUGAGAGAAAGCUCAUACCCUCGUGUGAAAAUUCUUGAAAAGUCUAAGUGCGGUUCUUCAAAUAUUAUACAAUGGCAUGAUAUUGCAUCUGCUGAUGGAUCUGAUACAGGAGGGGGAAAUACAGUCAAAGCACUACUUGAGUUGGCAAGAUACUAUGGACCUGUGAUGUCAUUUACAGGUGUAUACGUUUUGUACUCUCCUAAACGUUUUACGUUAGAAGUUGGAGGGAAUUCACUUCAAAACAGGAACUUGAGUAGAUCUGAGUAUGUUAACACAAAAGAAUGUACAAAAGUCAGUCAAAGAUUUUCCAUUAUGACAACCACCGUAUCACCUACCAAUACAUCUGGAUUAGGUACAGAAUGGACGUCGUGGUCAAGUUGUUCAAAGUCAUGUGAUGUAGGAGUGCAGAGUCGAUCCAAGUCAGAUUGUGGAGAAAUCAGGAGAGAGGAGCAGUAUUGUAAUUUGGGGUAUUGUCCAGGCAUUGGGGAAGUCUGUUCUGGGCACUGUUAUAGAUUUGAAGGAAGGGCUGCUUGCAUUAAUAGUGAAUGCAUUUGUUCUAUGGGAAGUUACUAUAACAAAUAUAACUGCUAUCCUGAAGUUGGAAAUUGUAUUAUUCGAGAGAAUCCACCAUUCUCCCCUGUGCAUGUGGAAGCGGAUUCGUUGAAAUACGGAUACAGACUACGAGGAUGUGUUACCAAUGACAACCCAGAGAAUGAAGUCCACAUGAUUGGAAUUUACGGUGAUAGACAUUACAACACGUAUGAUGUUGUGAUACGUCCUAGAGGGGAGAGCAAGAAACCUAUAAUACUGGUACUGUCGUCUUAUCACGUGACUAACUGGAGGAUUGACACCACUGUUCACCUAGAUUCCAUUAUUUAUGGGAGUUUGAGAGAAAGCUCAUACCCUCGUGUGAAAAUUCUUGAAAACUCUAAGUGCGGCUCUUCAAAUAUUAUACAAUGGCAUGAUAUUGCAUCCGCCUAUGGAUCUGAUACCGGAGGGGGAAAUACAGUCAAAGCACUACUUGAGUUGGCAAGAUACUAUGGACCUGUGAUGUCAUUUACAGGUGUAUACGUUUUGUACUCUCCUAAACGUUUUAUGUUAGAAGUUGGAGGGAAUUCACUUCAAAACAGGAACUCGAGUAAAUCUGAGUACUUUAACACAAAAGAGUGUACAAAAGUCAGUCAAAGAUACUCCAACAUGACAACCACUGUAGUAUCGCCUACAACUACACAGGAGAACAUGACACUAUCAUUGAAAACAAAUGCCCUUAUUCCUGGACUGGCUGUGGGGUCUACACUGGUCUUUGUUCUGGUGUGUUUUUUCUGUUAUUGGAAGAUAAAAAGAAAACGAAGCAGACACAGUGCUACAUCACAGACCAAUGUCAUGGCUCCAGUAGAAUAUCAAGCCAGGUCUUUUUACAAUUAUGACAUGGCAAACAGAAAUUGGACUUCACAAUCAACCGAUCAACAGAGAAUCUCAAAUCCAGAUAUCUUAGCCGACAUUUCUACACCUCAACUUCAAUCAUACCCAACUCCGACCUCAUUAUCAUCCCCACCGCCUCCCUACUCGUCUUGUGGUCUUAGAUCUCCUCAGUCAAGGACAGAAGCACCGCCUACAGCGACUCGUGUAUCUUCAUUCAAUUCGAACAAUACAGGAAAUUCUCUACAUACAACAUCCGAGUCAACAGCUCCUGUAACAGCUGCUAGUGCUUCAUUGGAACACUUAACUCCUCCCACUUCACUGGACUUACCACCGAGCUACUCAUCUUGUGUUCAAGGUUAUUCCGAUUUACCCCCUAGUUAUGAUUCUAUAUGAUAUUGUUUUAUUAGAUAAUCAACAGAUAGGAAAACAACUGUCAUAGAAGAUAACAGUUUUUAUAAAACAUGUAGAUCCAUUUAAUGUCAAUGUUCCAGAUGCAAUUUCAAGUAAACUGCACUGUUGUAUAAUUUGUACCAAUAUUAGUCAGUAGUGUAAGCCCAUCAAAGAUGGGACGUAUUAUGGUAUGGCGUCGUCCAUCCAUCUGUCUGUCGCCAGACCUUGCAGGCAAAAUGCAGAAUGAACAGCAAGGUUCAAGUACAACUUGGUACAUUUGAUCACCAUGAUGAGAAGAUGCCUAUUGUUUUUCAAGGUCAGAGGUGAAGGUUGUAUCAGUUAACAGGAAAACCUUGUAGGCAGAAUACAGACCAAACUAUUGGGGCUAGGACUGUCAAACCUGGCACAUAUACUCCCAUGCCAAGAGAAGGAUCCUUUUUGUUCAAGGUCAAAGUCAUAGUAUCACUUAUUAGGAAAACCUUGUAGGCAGGAUACAGACCGAAUCGUUGGGGCUAGGACCGUCAAACUCGGUACAGUACAUAUACUCCUAAGUGGAGAACACCUUUUGUUCUUCAGAAUCAAAGGUCAAGGUGGUAGUAUCACUUAGUAGAAUAACCUUGUUUUUGUUAUGGAUACAGAUAUUGCUCAGAAAUUUAGUCACAAGAUUCCUCUAGGAGGUAUUUAAGUUCGUUUUGCAUUUCAGCUGGAUUGGUGCAUCAUGACCUACUUUAGGGUUACAAGUAGGUCAAAACAAUUUUCUAGAUUUUUUUUUAUGAAUUCAGAGUGCAUAAUGUGCUUACAGGUCCAAGGGUGUAUGUUGUGCUGUUUGCAGUACUCUUGUUGUGCUGUUUGCAGUACUCUUGUUGUGCUGUUUGCAGUACUCUUGUUGUGCUGUUUGCAGUACUCUUGUUGUGCUGUUUGCAGUACUCUUGUUUAAUUGAGACUUAAUAAUAAAGAUGGGAAUGUUUUAGGGUUUUAAAAGCCUGUUAUGUAUUGGAUUUGGUAAUGAAGAUUUUACGAUAUCAGUUAUCCAGGUCCAGGGUGUACGAGGAUUUAUCCUGGGAUAUGGAAUACAACCCCAGGGGUAAAUCCCCAUACACCCUUGAUUGGACCAGGAUAAUUAAUUUAUAUCCUUUGUAAACAAAUGAUACUACAUAUACUUAUUUUGUAAUUAAAAUAAGGAAAUUCA